AUGGAGAAAAUACAAAACGUCUUUGCAGGCCUCACCGGGCGAGAGAAAACCGGGUUCCUCGACACUUCCCAGCAGUCCCUCUACAUUGCCGCAGCGGCAAUCGCGUUCAAUCCCAUUUUCUGGAAAACUACGACGACGACGACGAAUGACGCGCUUGUGCUAACGGAGACAGAGCACAAAACUCACUUUUUAACCAGAGCAUUUGGGUCGCCUUACUACGGCUGCUACGCAUUGGCACUCACCAUCUUCAGCAUUGGCGUGAUUCGGGACUCGCUCUACAAGUCUGCAUUGGAAGACCAGCCAUUCUACCAGCCGUUGCACCAACCAGCAUUAGGUGCCGUCUUGUUCCUAAGUGGCAAUGUCCUGGUGUUGACGAGUAUGUGGGCCUUGGGCGUCACUGGCACGUACCUGGGCGACUACUUCGGCAUCCUCAUGGAUGAGAAGGUAGAGGGGUUCCCUUUCAAUGUCACAGGCGCACCCAUGUACUGGGGCAGCACCCUCUCCUUCUUGGGGACUGCCUUGUGGUAUGGUCGUGUUGCUGGGCUGAUUCUCACAUUGGAGGUGUUUGUGAUGUACCUCGGUGCACUGCAAUUUGAAGACCCAUUCACGGCCGAGAUCUACGCGCAGAAGGAGGCGAGGCCGGUAACUCGCUCCCUGACCAAGCAGAAGGAUCGCAAGAAGGCGUGA